GUCGAUUCGUGCAUCAAUUCACGGGUGUAUCUUAAUUUUUCAAGCAGACCCCUAUGAUUGUGCGCAGCUCCACACUUUUCCUAGUAUGAACAUUGAGAUUAUAAACUAAGGCGUAAUGGGAGCAAAUUCUUCCAAAGGCACCGCCACAGGAGGUCUUCGUGUCCACAGAGUCUACCCAAAUGGACCAGGAGAAUUGGCCGGGAUAGAACUCUUUUUCGAUUACAUCUUGGAAGCAGAUGGAAACGUUUAUAAUGACGAUUCUGAUGAUACACUCAGACUCUUCACCUCCUAUAUAGCGAGCCAAGAAAAUAAGGAGGUCACUUUGACGAUUUACAACGCCAGGAAGAAGAGUAUACGUUCUGUUACUAUGAUUCCACAAAAAUGGGAGGGUGUUGGCCUUUUGGGAUUGACAGUAAAGUUUUCCGAAUUCACAUCAAUGGAUGAGGGUGUGCACGUUGUAAACGUUUACGACGGCUCACCAGCUAGUAAAGCUGGUCUAAUGCCAGUUACAGAUUAUUUACUUGGUACAAAUCUACAACUGUUUCUGGAUCUAGAUUGUGUAAGAAUUCAUGUGGCAAAUCAUGUCGAUGAAGAUGUAACUUUAAUGGUUUAUAAUUCAAUAACAGAAACUGUAAGAAAGACUGUUAUAAGACCUACAGAGAACUGGGGAGGCCCAGGCACACUAGGUUGUGAUUUAGCAAAGGGAUAUAUACACAGAAUUCCCUAUGUGAAAUCAAUUUGGAGUGUUCCUAGUAUAGACGAAGGGGUUGAGGAACCUGUUGAGACAAUUGAUCUUUCAGUGGCUCCACCACCAGAGAUUACACCAUUGGCAAAUCCUGCAUUAACUCUUACACAAUCUACCAGCGUAGAAGAGCCAUAUUUGCCUCCAUCCAUGGUUGAUUUUCAGCUGAAUCAGACAGCUGAAGAUAAUGAAGAGAUCCCCAUGAGUCCCAGCACACAACUCUCAAAGAACUACCAGGAGAUUGAUUUCACGGAAUGUGAUAAAUCAAGCUCCUCAGGUAGGUCGGAUGAUGACGAUGUAAAAAAAGACACGUUAUAA